AUGACCAUCCCAGCCCUACAUUACCCGCACAUCGUGGAGCGUGUGCUGUGCGACGCAGCGCUGGACGGCGCGCACCACGUCCGACUGCUCUCACGAGCGACGAAGGACCUGGUCGAUGCCGUGCUUUGCGCGCACAUCCUCGUCGCCUUGGACAGAGAAGACGCGACAGACGAUGACCAAGCAGCGGCCGACGACGGCCGGGGGUUCUUGCCCAACGACGACGUCCCGCCAUGGGUGACACGCGCACAGCUGGAUAAGCGCGAGCGGGCACGCGUGCAGGGGAUAUACCGGCGACAGCACCACGGCCGGCUCCUCCGCGUCCCGGGGCUCAAUUGGGCCUCGGCCCGUGCCGAGACGAUACGACUGAUCGCUGCCCACACUACCCUCGUGGACACGUACGCCAUCGACAAUCCGAUGUGGGACGGGCUCCCUCUCCCGCACCCCACCGACCGCGCCCUGGUCCGCGCGCUCGCUGCGGUGCCUUGCCGAGGGCCAGCACACACCUGGCUCGCGACGCCGAACGCGACGCUCUGGGGCAACCCGUACCAUGGAUACCACGAGCACCGGUACGCCGUGUGGGGACAGCGUCUGUGCCCCGACACGCGAGCCCUCGUGGCCCAUCUGAGCUUUGCGCACGAACGCCUCGCUGCCGACCUCAACGCCAGGCUGAUGGGGUGCGAGUUUGAGCCGCCCGACCCGCACCUGGUGCGUAUCCUCCUCGCCAAGUCUGGGCGGACCAGCCUCGAGCAAGUCACAGUGCACCUCGACUGGACCGGGAUCAAGGAUGACGGCGGGCAAGGGUUGCUGGACGGGCUGGCAGAUGUGAUUGCGCUUCACUCUGACCUGCGCUGGACCAUUGUAGGGGUGGGCGAUGAGGGAACCGAGGAGUUUGAGGUGACCAAGCGAGUUGAGAGUGGGGACUCGCCGGCGAAGCGACUGCGCGAGGCUGUCCGUCUCGGGGUCGUGGAACGGUGGCCUGAACGGGUAGACACCGCCGGCGAUGAGCUCGACGCCCGCCUCCGAGUGUUUACGACAGAGGAGUAUCGACGUAGCGUCGGCGAGCGGGCGUACGCCGCGGAGCACUCGGCGUGGCUCGGCGCUGGGCUCACCUGCCGUGACUUUGAGCCUGUCAAGUACGCCCAGUGCACGUGUGACGCGUGCAGGCCGCCUGAGAAGUACUGGUAG